AUGAGCGGGGCGGCGGCGGCGAAGAGCGAGAAGCUGGACGAGGCUCAGGCGCUCGCCCGCAGCUGCGCGGGCAGACCCGACUUCCAGCCCUGCGACGGGCUCUCGCUCUGCGCCACCCACAGCCACGGCCGCUGCUUCCGCCUGCACUGGUGCUGCCACCUGGGAUGGUGUCACUGUAAAUACGUCUACCAGCCCAUGACCCCCGUGGAGCAGCUCCCCAGCACCGAGAUCCCCGUCCGCCCCCGGGAGCCCCCCAACACCAUCCAGAUCUCGGUGUCGCUCACCGAGCACUUCCUCAAGUUCGCUCCCGCGUUCCAGCCGCCGCUGCCGCCCGAGGCGCCGCAGUUCUGCACCAUCGCCGACCUGUUCAUCGACAACUACCGCGUCAAGUGCAUCAACGGCAAGAUGUGCUACGUGCAGCGCCAGCCGCCCGCCCCGCACAGGGCAAAGCCCGAUGACGGCUCCGUCCGCAAUGCCUUAAUCGCAAAGGAGAGCGAUACACCAAAAACAGAGCACUGCUCGUCCCCCUCCAGCUCUGAGGACUCCGGCAUCAACGCGGUGGGGGUUCACUACAUGGAGUCGUGUGAUGAGGACACGGAGGGGGUGGCCGAGCUGAGCUCAGAGGAAGAUUACAGCCCGGAUAGCAGCUGGGAGCCGGACGAAUGCCCGCUCCUGUCGCCCUCGCAGUGCGAGAUGGAAGUGAUUGAGACUAUAGAAACCACUGUGUGA